CUUCCCCUGGACUGCCAAUGAUCUGGAACAAAAAGGGGAAUAAAAUGUUGGGUCUGUGGGAUUUACCAUCGGUGAGAAAUCGGGUUGAUCGGCCUCUGCGUUGGACGGGGCAGUGGAUAUUCAACACGGAAGAAUUCUAGUCGAGAAGCUCAAAGCGAACAUCAAAGCAGGAUCUGCCAGGAUUACCCAAUUUACUGUAACUUGAGUAUCACUGGGCUCCGAACAUGGAAGGUAAAGGCAGUGGAGAGAAACCGUACAGAUGUUCCAUGUGUGGGCGAGGUUUCGAGCAAUCAUCUAGCCUGUCGAGACACAAAUGCAUUCACGACGGGGAAAAGCCCUGCAAAUGUGCGGAAUGUGGGAAGGGAUACACUUACCCAUCCCAGUUGGAAACACAUCAGCACAGUCACACUGGGGAGAAACCAUGGAAAUGUCGGGACUGUGGGAAGGGAUUCAAUUACCCAUCCGAACUGGAAAUUCAUCGGCGCAGUCACACGACAGAAAAGCUGUUCCCCUGCUCUGAGUGUGGGAAGGAUUUUGCUCACUUUCACACUCUGCUGAUACACCAGAGAGUUCACACUGGGGAGAGACCAUUCACCUGCUCCAAGUGUGGGAAAGGAUUCAGUACGUCAUCCCAUCUGCUGAUACACCAGCGAGUUCACACUAAGGAGAGACCUUUUAAAUGUCCAGACUGUGAGAAGUGCUUUAAAAGUUCUGGGGAACUGAUGUCUCAUCAGCGUGUUCACACUAAUGAGAGACCAUUCAGAUGCAUUCAAUGUGGGGCUAGAUUCAGGCACUCAUCUCAAUUAACUGUGCACCAGCGAGUUCACACUGGGGAAAGACCGUUCUCCUGCUCCAUGUGUGGGAGAAGAUUCACUCAAUCGUCCGACUUACUGAAACACCACCGGGUUCACACUGACAGGAGACCUUUUAAGUGUACAGGCUGUGGGAAAAGCUAUAAAAGUGCUGGGGAACUUACAUCCCAUCAAAGGACUCACACUGGCGAGAGACCAUUCAUGUGCUCUCACUGUGGGACUGGGUUCGGGCGGUCAUCUCAGCUCACAGAACACCAGCGAGUUCACACUGGGGAGAGGCCAUUCACCUGCUGGGAGUGUGGGAGUAGCUUCACUCGGUCGUUCAACCUGCUGAGACACCGGCGAGCUCACACCAGGGAGACACCGUUCACCUGCUCCGAGUGCGGGAAGGAAUUCACUCGUUCAUCCACCCUGCUGACACACCAGCAAGUUCACGUUGUUGAGGGAAGAGUGGUGGUAGUUGCAUUUGGAAGUGAAGGCAGCCCUGAUAGGCUGAGCUUAGUGGAAGUAAGGCUUGGGUGA